ACGAUGAAUAGCAGUGUGACUGAAUUCAUUCUCCUUGGGCUGACACAGGAUCCAGUAAAGCAGAAGGCAGUAUUCGGGGUCUUCUUGAUCUUUUACCUUGCGACACUGUUGGGGAACUUUCUCAUUGUAGUGACUAUCAAAACAAGCAGGACCCUUGGGACUCCCAUGUACUUCUUCCUAUUCUAUCUGUCUUUUGCUGACACCUGCUUCUCUACAACCACAGCCCCCAGAUUGAUUGUGGAUGCCCUUUCUCAAAAGAAGACCAUUUCCUACAAUGAGUGCAUGAUUCAGGUCUUUACAUUCCAUUUCUUUGGGUGCAUGGAAAUCUUGGUGCUCAUCCUCAUGGCUUUAGAUCGCUAUGUAGCCAUUUGUAAGCCCUUGCGAUACACAACCAUCAUGAACCGGCACGUCUGCAGCAUUUUGGUGAUUCUAGUCUGGGUGGCAUCUUGUAUCCACUCUUUGGCACAAAUUUUCCUGACUUUGAGAUUGCCUUUCUGUGGCCCCAACGAGAUUGACCACUAUUUCUGUGACUUGCAGCCCUUGUUGAAACUUGCCUGCAUGGACACUUAUGUGACAAAUUUGCUACUUGUUUCCAACAGUGGAACCAUAUGCACGGUGAGUUUCAUAAUCCUGCUUACCUCCUAUGUUGUCAUCUUGUACUCUCUGCGUAACCACAGUGCUGAAGGAAGGCGAAAAGCCCUUUCCACCUGCACCUCCCACUUUAUUGUGGUUGUCUUAUUUUUUGGUCCAUGCAUAUUCAUAUACACACGCCCCCCAGCUACAUUUCCAAUAGACAAAAUGGUGGCUGUGUUUUAUACAAUUGGGACGCCCCUGCUCAACCCUCUGAUCUAUACUCUGAGGAAUAUGGAAGUGAAAAAAGCCAUGAAGAAAUUAUGGUGUAACAAAGAAUGA